AUGUACUCCGCCGAGAGGGAAGAGUACCUCAGAGAGAAGAUCUUACGUGAAAAGGUAAGUUAGACAAAAUUCUUAUUGCCACUAGAGGAAGCUUUUUUACACAACCUAUUUAGCGACACACUAGUGGCCAAUAUGACGAUAACAUCUCUUCGCCAAGGCUCCGGGAAGUGGAAACGCGGUAAGAAAUUUUUAAAUCACACCGCACGUCUGGGCAGAGAUUUAAAAAAAUAUAUGGGCGUAUAUAACUACGUACGAGAAACCGAUUUUGUUUUGCCAAAGCUCCUCGUUCGUCUUUCUCCCUAACCAAAAAAUGAUGAAUACAUACCUAGUCUUCCCUUAUAAUGUACGUACACGAUUGAUUUAUGGCCACAACUUGUUCAUAAAGCCGUUAGCAAACUGCAGGAGCCUCUUGGAAGGCUUCGCAUUCUUCGUUUGUGAGAGGAGAAGACAGUAUAUACAUUUUUUAUCGUGAUCUCCUCUAACCUAGAGGUGGCAAUCGGGCCGGGCCGGGCCGAUUUUUGCGGCCCGGCCCGCGGGCCGAAGUGACCAGACCGGCCCUGGGCUUUUUCAAAUUUGCUCAGGCCCGGCCCGGCCCGGUGAAAGCCCAGGCCGGCCCGGCCCGGCCCUGCUUGGCCCGCUAAUACAAAAAGGUUGGAUAAAGGUCUUUGCAUUUUCUAUUGGAAGUUUUUAUGCUUUCCAGAAGGUUUAUACGUGCGUUUAGGUGAAAUUAAAACGUCAGGUCGGAUGACUAGGACAGCCGAGCAGGGACCUAAAACCUAGCCGAAAAAUUGGAUUGUGUCGAUUUUUUUUAUCCCAUAGGAAGUUAGCUAUGUAAAUAUAUGGGCGUUAUAAGGCAACAUGUUUAAUCAAAAACUGCUUAAACACUUUUAUUUAAAUCAAGUCAUCAAAUUACAGUGAAAUGUUUAAGUUUACCAUCAAAAAUUCGAAGAUUUUCGCCCGACCCUUGCAGAUUUAGAUGGCAUUUUACAUAUACAUAAUCAGGGAUUUUAAGGAAUUUUAAUUUUAUAAGGAAGUAAAACAGCGUAUAGGUCAAAAAGGUUUAAUUUAAUAUCCAUCCAUCAAUUCUGCAAAGCAUUUGUGCUUUAUUUUGCUGGUUUAAUAUUAAAAAUUUUUACUUUUCCACCUUCCGGGCCGGGCCGGGCCGAAAGUCGCGGCCCGGCCCGUGGGCCAAAGCGGUCAGGCCGGCCCAGGGCUUUUUCAAAUCUGCUCAGGCCCGGCCCGGCCCGGCCCAAUCACCGGGCCCGGCCGGGCCGGGCCGGGCCGGCCCAGCCCGAUUGCCACCUCUACUCUAACCCAUCCACGCUGCAGUAAACGCAUUCCUCGCUCUCCAAAGAUUUGAAAAUCCCAGUGCUUUCUCGACAAUACACGAUACAUUUUGCUCCUGAUUUAGGUAUGCCUCUCGCCCCGUCGAGCAAUAUCGAACUCCCUCAGACCGCAUUGAGCGUCGUCAACUGUCUCUUCCGCCUCCACGAAGAGAUUUGCCUUACCGGCCUCAGCCAAUCCGCCCAACCCAUGCCGUAGCGCCGACGAUUUACCCCAGCUAUAGGGCCACCGGAGUCCCCGAUCCAUAUGCUCCACUAUACGCCAAGGAAUCGGCUCAUCAACUGUCUCCUCGACAGACAGAAUCCUUCGACAAGGUUCGAGCCAAAUAUUUGGAGCAAGAGGCGACAAAGAUACCGCAAGAGUUCAGCGAUUCGAAGCGAACUGGUGUCGGGGAAUUUAAGCAAUAUCCGUAUCCAAGCCGAGCCGAGAAGGCAAGGAGUUACCAUGAGCCGGAGGUCAACAGGAGCCAAUAUCCGAUUUCGUAUCAAGAAUAUAGGCCUGAAGUGAAGCAUCAUGAGAUCAAGCCGAGUUAUCAACCAGAAGUGGUGUCAAGGCCUCACAGUCAAUAUCAGUCGCAAUAUGAGGUAAGAUUAAGAACAAUAAUAAUUUUUUUCGUUGUCCAAAUCUUUGACAAAUGUCAUGAAGUUCAAAAAUAAGUUAUUUUCAGCCCCAACAUGUGGUUGUUCAUCAUCAAAUCCAGUCGGCACCACGUCCACAAACCCAUCAAAGCCUUCUGCCUUCUUAUGAGCCUCCUCUGAUCCAUCAGCGAGAGAAUUAUCCGUCAACUCAAAUCCAGACUCAACGACUCAUUCAGCCGAGUGAGCAUUACCCUAGACGCGUUGGAUCCCCGAUUGAACCAGUUGGAAAUGCCCAUAUUCUCAAUGGCCCGGACGCCUUCGCUAUUCGAAUCCCGCUUAACCAAUUCCCAAUUAGUGGAAUUAAAGUGAGAUUUUGUGGAAAAAGCUGUUAGAGUUUUUAAUUUUUAGAUUACUCGGAAAGGAAAUUCCGUGACAGUCAAGGGAACGCAUGUCAACCAAGAUAAUACUGGUCAAUGGGUGAAGCGGACGUUCAGUCGAACGUACACCAUUCCGCAAGACUGUGUGCUUGCUACGUUGAGAGCUGGCUAUAAUGGAAAGACCGAUGAGUUGAUUGUGAAGGUAAGAGGGCAAUUUGAAACAGGAAUAAUCGUUAAGUCUUAUAAAAGGAUUUUUUGGGCGACAUUUUCAAAAAACAAACGUUUCUCGUCUUUGCUUCCUCAUUUUGCGUACUCUCUCGAAAGCAUCUCCAUUUUUAUUUCUUCAUUAGUUUUUUACCGUAAAAAUACUAAAUUCUGUGAAUUUUGUGGACAAAAAAUCUGAACCAAUUCAUCAGGACGCGAGUUAAAAAUCUUACAUAUGUAUAUGUCAGAAAAAUUUUAGUCAUCGUUUUCGUUAUGUUUCGUCAAAAUAGGAGCUCUGCGCGCUUAGGAAUCAUCUUGUUUUAGUCUUUUUUCGACUGUAAUCUAAAGUUUUCCGGUGAAACAACAAAGAAAACGCUUUAUUCUGAAGCUCAGCACUCCUACGUGCUUCUUGAACCCUGACAUUUCCCCUCCAAAAUAAUCAGAAACCUUCCUUCAGGGCAAUCGUCUCGGCUCCGAUGAUUCAGAGACUCCGAUUCCAAUCGAAGUCAUCGACGACGUGGACGAUGACGCCGUCAGUCAUGACUCCAAUUCCACAUCGAAACGGUCGCCAAAACCAAAAAAGAAGCUGAAGAAGCAGCCUUCGAAGGACUCAUACGAAAGUGCCAAAGCUCUGCAAAGCACGGAGAACUUGCAGAGAACUCGAGACAUCUCCCCUGAUUCUUCUUAUAAACCGUCAUUGCAUAAGGCUUCCAAUUCUCAGGAAAGUGGGAAAAGUUCGUUGAAGAGUUCGCCGAAAUUCCAACGACAAAGUCCGCCGAGAAGUCCGUUGAGAUCGCCGUCUCAUAGUCCACCAAAAUCGCCGGUCAGAAACUUUGACGAGCAGCUCUUGAGAAGGGAAACCGAGUUGCCCGAGACCACUUUUGAACCGAGAUAUGGGCAGAGUGAAGUCGUUGGCUCAGCUAAUACUCAUUUGAUUUGA